CCGGGUCGCAAUGGCAACAACCCCAAAAGGAUGCGAGCGACAACUUUUUUCUCGUCUGUAAUGUCCCGGAGGCACCGCAGGUCGCAAGAGGAACUACUUUCUAAUGUGAGAAAUAACACUCGUACACUUUCAGGAGCCCGAAAAUGUCCCGGGGAUGUCCAGUUUCAGUGGAGGAGAUCCAGUCUUGGUGGGAAGUCCCCGCCAUAGCCCACUUCUGCUCGCUGUUCAGGACGGCGUUCAAGCUCCCAGACUUUGAAAUUGAGGAACUGGAGAGAGCUGUGUCAGAACAGGACUUGGAUUUCCUCRGUGGGCUCGUUACCUGUUUGUUGCAAGGAUGUUACCAGCGUUCAGACAUCACCCCUCAGACAUUUAGCAGUUACCUGGACGACAUCAUCAGCUACCGGUGGGAACUAGAGGAGGGGAAGCCCAACCCACUUCGUGACGGGCCUUUUGAGAACCUCCCUCCUCGCACUCAGGUGGAGCUGCUGCAUCGACUCUGUGACUACCGUCUGGAUGCUGCUGAUGUCUUUGACCUACUUAAGGGCCUGGACGCUGAUAGCUUGAGGGUGGAACCUCUGGGGCAAGAUGGAAAUGGAGCCCUCUACUGGUACUUUUAUGGCACUCGUAUGUACAAAGAAGAGCCACUUCAGAGAAAAGAAGUUCAGUUCAGUGAAACAGUUGAUCUAACUUUACCAGAGAGGAAGAAGAGAGGAAGACCACCAAAAAAGAGAAAGUUUGAAGAUCAUUAUUUAAGUGACGUGGAAGGUGAGGUGUCUGAAAUAGACACAGAUAAUGGAAUCGAUGACCAUUCUCCAACCCGGGGCCGUAACCGAGGCGCCUGGUCUCUGGUGUGUGAUACAGAAGAACAGUGGAUCAGUCUGACAGAGAGCAUCAAGGACAAAACAUCCCCACAGGAUCGCCACCUCUACCGUGUCAUCAGCCAGAACUUUCUGCCUGAGAUCAGCAGCAUGAUUCGGCACAAGGAGAAGGAGCAGAAACAGAAGCUCCUGGAUCCAGCUCCUGUUCGCACAUCACAAUGGUUCUCUGAAAAUCCCAUUCAACACAAGAAAGAGGACACUCUGAAGAUCCGAUCAGAGGAGGAGAGGAAGAAAGACGAAGAGCUGGACAGGCAGGUUUUACUGGCUGAACAGCGACGAGAAGAGGAACGGCUUCUGCAGGAAGAACGACAGAGGGAAAAAUUAGAGAAGAUCAAAGCUGUGGAGGAGCGAGCCAAGAGGCGGAAGAUGCGAGAGGAGAAGGCUUGGUUGUUGGCUCAAGGAAAAGACCUGCCGCCUGAACUCCUAAACCUGGAGCCAUCUUCCCCUGUCCUCAGAACACGCAAGAAUAAAGAAUUUUAUGAUAUUGAUGACGACUAUACUGCUCUAUAUAAAGUUCUUGAAGCCCUGAAAGCCCAUAAAGAUGCUUGGCCUUUCUUGGAGCCUGUAGAUGACUCAUAUGCUCCAAAUUACCACGAGAUCAUCCAGACUCCCAUGGACCUGUCCACCAUUGAAAAGAAGCUUAGCGAUGGGGAGUAUGUUGCUAAGGAGGAGUUUGUUGCUGACGUGAAGCUCAUGUUUGAAAACUGCGUCGAGUACAACGGAGAAGACAGUGAAUACACUACCAUGGCAGAGUCACUGGAACGGUGUUUUAACCGAGCCUUGCUAAAACACUUUCCAUCAGAGGACGGCGACACAGACGAAGAGUUCCACAUCAGCCGAGAAGACAAGGAACGCAAGGACAAAAAGCGUAACCGUAGCAAUAAACAUUCGGGACCCGAGAGUUUGAUCAGGGCUACAGAGCAAGUUCAGCGAAAGCGAAACUCGCAGGGGGGCAAGGGCAGCUCACGCUCUGAGGAAGAGGACAUCAGGCUGACCCGAGCACCCUAUCCUCCACACUGGAACAAUCAUCCGCACAGUCUGCCUCCAAGCCAGCGACAUCCCCACGAAGGAGGCUUCAGGGGCUUGUAUCAUCCAGGGCAACAGCUUCACCCUCCCACUGGCCCCCCUGGUCCUCAUGGUCCGCAGAUGUAUGCCCAAAGAAUGGCAAUGGAUCCACGCUUUGCUUACCCAGUUCACAUUCCAAGGCACGGACACCCCAACUUCAACCGCUUGCCUCACAGUUAUAAUGUGCAGCAUCGGAUGGCUGAAGGACAUCAUAUGGGCUCCAGGUAUCCAUUGGGACCAGAUCCUAAUGAGCAGCCUCGACAACAGCACCCUUACAUGGGUCCUACUCAUGGCCCAUCCCUGGGCCCACGCCCCAUCGCCCUUCAGCCUGGACCCCCUCCUGAAGCCAGCAUGUAUCCAUCCCACCACCGUCCAGAGGGCCACACCAUGCUUCCCAUGGCCAACAGGUUUUCAGGAACAGAAGGACCAAGUCAGCAUAACUACCCAGGCUUGAGACCUCCUGCUAUUGGCGUAUCAAACAUGUGGCCAGGUAUGAGUCACCAAGACCAGGAGAGACUAAACGGCAUGUGCAUGCAAGAUCCCAACAUUGUGAACCAACGCAACUUCAGUUAUGGUGGAAUCCCGCCUCCGGUGGGGCAUAAACCAUGGCCGGAAGCAGCUGGAUACCCCCAGCAUCCUUCUAAUACUCAGUACCAAAUGUCUGCUGCGGCCGGCUCUUUGGGGCCCUCGCRGGCUCCUGUCCCACAGCCAGACUCCUCUGGCAGGACACACUUGUCUUCAAUGCUAAAAAGCCCAGAGAUGCUGGCCCUGCAGCAGCUGUCAGCCUCUUCUGGACCCCCUGCUGGUUCCCCUCUACAGCACAUAGGCAACUUUGAGCAACCAAGGCCCCCGUCAGGACUUGGCAGCAUCCCAGCUCACCCCUCCAAACAGCCUCCCCCCACCCUGGAGGUUCAGCUGCUGCGUCCUGCGAGAGACAAAGGGCCAGACAGUCAGCCUUCUCAACAGGCAGACUUGGACCCCAAAGCUACGUCUGAGAACAAAAUGGCUGCGGACGUUUCUGAAGAAGCUUCAUUGCACAAAAAUAUUUAUUCAAUCAAUCAAGAAGCCCCUGUCAUCACCAGUCCCACAGGACAUUACAGUACAGCAGCAGGCCGAAUGCAGAGCCCCUCUGCCCUUAACUUGAGCAGAUCAAAGGAGAAUCCUUCAGAGCAACAGCUCACACAGAAUUCCUCAGAGAGACAUAAGCAGGAUUUGGUUGGACAGGGACAGUCUGUCCUUUCUACUAAAAGCAAUAUGUUUCCAUCCCCUGUCAAUGCAAGUACCAGCAGCUCUGCUGAGCUUAUUCCAUACGAGCACCAUAUGCGAGCACAAUGCAGUCCACAGCACAACGCUCCGAGUCCUUCAUGUCUUCCUCAAAACCUGCCACCUGCUUCUGAGUCCAAGAGUUCCUCUCAUCACAUGUCGGAGAACAAUCGUGAAGCACAUCCGCAAAGUGAGCACCAGCAGAACAGCCAAAAACAACAGCAAUCUCAAGUAAGACAGAUUAUACUGCCUCAAAGCCAGCCUGAGAGCUCUCCCCGUCCAGCAACUGUCAGCACAGAGCAACAGAAUCCCUCUGUGGCUUCUCAUCCCAGCCCCCAACGGUUCUCCCCACAAUGUGCUUCACAGAGCAGCCUCAUCAGUCGGGGAGCUCAGCCUGUCCCUCUCACAUCUUUGCCACCUAGUCACCCUGCCCCAUUAUUGCCCUCCCAACCGAGCCCAGCAGACGGUGGAGAUCAAAGACCCAGUGAGCCCACGAGUAGGCCCGACACAGAGGGAGCUUCCGUUUCUCCACAGCACCCUAUGAUGUCACCAGGACCACCAACUAGUAUUUAUAAACCCCAGGGUUUUAGUCCAAAUUCUAAUCAAACCCAGUUGAUGGGAAAUAGCAUGCAGGGGGUGCUGUCACAUAGUCAGAACGCAGCUGUGCCUCCUCACUCCCAAGGUCAGGUCAAUGGAGCCAUGGGCCAGUGUGCUAUUGGGAGUCCUCAUCCACAUUACAACCAGGCAAACAUGAACAGACCCAUGCUUUCAUCUGCUCAUCAUCCAUAUCACAAUCAGGCCAUAAACCCCCUGAACAACCCUUCAGCCCACCCCACCUACCACCAGCAGGCAGGGAACUCUUACUCCUACCAAAUGUCAGGACAGCAGCACCCACAGACUCUCCGAAACCUGUACGCACAACAUCAGUACCAGCAACAAGCCUACUACACCCAGUCCCAUAACCAAACCCUCAGCAGAGGGGGUUAUCCUCCCAAAGAGUGGCAGUCACCUUAUCAGCCUCAUCAACCCAUCCCACCCAACGCCUACCUGCCUGUGGCCAGCUCAAGGUCUAAUGGUCAAUCAAAGGAGAGCAGUAUGUCUCCACUGGGCUCUGAGGGCUCCACCGGCACUGGCUUGCUAUCUCCCGGUCGUGUAUCUGAAGCCGGACCAUAUUCGACAGGUUCCGAGGAAGGAAAGUGUGAAAGCAGGGAGCAAACUGACGCAGGCAGCAAUGGCAGUCCAGCAAAGCAGACUCCUGCCGAGGACUCGGAUCAGCCUGAAAGUCCUAAAGAAAUCCUGGACCUCGAUAGUCACAACGCAGCUGCCCGUCACCGGAGCAUCCACCCACUCCACCAGCAGCAUCCUCCUGCUUCUCACCUACCCUCUGGGUUCAUGUAUGACCCUCGAGCCUUGCACCCUGGAAUGCAACAAGGUGGCAUCCCUCCACCGCAUUUGAUGUCUCAGGGCCGUCGAGUUGGAAACGGAGCCCCUUAUCUUGGUCAGCCGUACCCAGAUCCAGGACGCUACGCUGCCCAGAGGCCCCACCCACACCUGAUGGAAGCUCUGCAGCGGCCUCAACAGCUGCCCUACUCCCCGGGUCAGACACGCAUGGCCAUGUACAGACAGCCCAGACCUGGUGGGCACUUUCAGGGCAUGAUGGUUCAACAGCGAGGCCUGGCACCAGAGCGCUUCAUACACCCAGGACAACAGAUGAUGGCUGCUCCAGGCGGUUCAGGAAGUAAACAGGGGUUGUGAAACACCAACGGAUCAAAACAUCUGGCAAAGGUAGAAAGUCACACACUGACCUCACAGCCAUGGUUUUCUUCACCUACGUCACCUUUAUAUAUAUAUUGCAUUAUAUUUAAGCUUUGCCUACCACUGGACUUGAAGAUCCAACCAGGCAGCUGGUAUUACUGAGAUGAAAAAGAAAAAAUGUGAACUGUCUUUGAGCCUUGGAGAUCAUUUCUCUUCUCUGUCACCCUGCUUUAUAAGAGCUCCUGUUGGCCAGUUACAGAACAACUCUGGAACUGUGAGGGAUUCACUGACUUGCUCAAGGACACACCAGUGGAACUUUUAUCUCCCGACAUGAGCGGUGAAGCUUUCCUUUUCCCCGCAGAUUGGGAUCUUUUCUUUUUUUUUUUAACCACUAGGCCGACCUGCUGAAUGCAGGCGGCUUUGCCUUCAGGAACACUGGACAGCCCUCUGCACAAGCGGCCGACACGGACAAAUAAUCAGCCGCUCAUCUGUGACAAAAGAGAGGAGCUGUUUUUAUUUUUUWCUACUAAAUUUUAUUCCAACCAUAUCUUUUUAAACUCAGGUGUAGAAAAGGAGGUACUCUGAGCCUGUCACUCAGACAGAGUCAGCUCACAGGCCUCUUACAGAUGCCUUGGUUUCCUUCAUGAAUGUAUGAGUAAAUGUGUAGACAAUACAUGCAGCACAUUCGUUGCACAUUAAAGGACAAACAACACUGACCACUCUUCUGAAAGCAUCAGCUGUCCAGCCUAUUUUACUGUAAUUUUACCCCUAACUCUAACAAUUUUCAACUUGGAAAAAAAAACACAAUAUAUGCAUUUUUCAAAGCUGCCUUCAUUUUAAGAAUGUCUUAGCAGAGAGGGACUGUCAAUGUUUGUAUCAAAAUGUACCUGGUUCUGUUUUAUGCACUAUGGAUUUAAUCAAUCUGGACAUCCUAAAAUUGAGUGGCCUUUGUUUGCCUUGUAUUAGUCGUUAUCUGUUAAUGCAGACAUGUAUGAAAAUGUUUAUAUUAAUUGCAACCCUUAACUGCUGAGCUCUGCCUUGGACGAGGAUAAUCUCAAAUUUUCUUGUAGAUAUCUCACUCCCUGGUCCAUCGCACGUGCACAGAACAAAUUCAUCCAAUAGUUUGUUUGUUUUUUUAAUAGUUGCAUUUCUCGAAUACAGAUUUUUAGAUCUUCCUUUCAUUUUCACAGUUGCUUGUUUGAAUGCUUCCACUUCCUAAUGUUAGUACAAAGGAAAUCCUCAGGGUGUACAGUUUCUAGAUACGGGUAUUCGUGUGAGUCGUUUCAAGAAGAAGCAGCAUAAUUAAAAAUGGGACCGAUUUGUAAAGCUCGAGGAAAUGCUGAUGAUAAAAUGUCCCAAUUAGUUGUUCUUUAAUAGGCGGRUUAGCGCGCCGCUUGCCCGUUUUUUUUUUGUGUGUGUGUUUGUUUUGUUGUUAAAGUUGAUUGAAUGUUCGUUUUAUCUGAUUUCUUAUUUUGCAUUUCUCUUGAUCUGAUGACAUGCCACUUGCCAUCACAAUGAUUUUAGUUCAGUUAGCAGCCAGUACGUUUUUUUAUUUUUAAUUUGUAUGACUUGCAGAAGUUUUUUUUUUAUGAUAGUCCUCCUAGUGCAGUUAAGCAAUGGCAAAACCUGAAUCUACCUCAUGUAGCCACUGUUUGGCAUCUACACAGCUCCUUUAGUUCCCUUCUCACCCUGCCAGACUCCAGGUAGAUGUUUUAUUCCCACCUGAUUGUCUUAGCAUCACUUUUACAUUGUAGGCCCCAAAACUUAAUAUAAAAAAUACUUAUCCCACAUUUAUCAAUGUAUUUGAUUAUUUUUUAAUAAUCUGAUGUGCGUUAGACAAUAUUAAACAUAUUUGUAAAAUAUUUUCUCUUCAUGCUAAACUGCCUUUAGCUUGUUGGGCAACUAGAUAUUCAGUCUGGGGUCUGUACUGAGUCACAUACAGGUUUUUAUCAUUUUUUAGCAUCCCAGUGUCUUCAGUGAUGUGRAUUAAAGGAAAUAGAGAAAUGAAGGUAGAGACUGUGAGACAAUGUCACACAAGAGUUGUCAAAAACAAGGGACUUGUUAGUGAGCCUAGUUUGCCACAAAAGGAGGUAGUGUUCACGGUGUUUGUAUGAAGGACGGUGCUGUCUUUAAAGAUCUGUGAGCUUUUUGUGAUAUUGUCUUAUUGUGUACAGGUGUGUGUGAGUGUGUGUGUAUGGUUCUGGUGUGUGUAGAAUUGGCACCAGUUGAAUGGAAGCGUGCGUUCAAUUCUCACUUUUGCUCUGCUGUCAUCUCUCUGCACUAGUAAAAAAAAACAUUUAGGUGUGAUUUAAUGUGAAUCAUAUUUAUUUGCUCUUUAAGAAUUUGUGUACAUUUUGUUGGACUCAUCUUUAAUAUAAAUUUGGUGUCUUGUUUCUUGAUGUUUUUUUUUAUUUACAGUUGUUCCUUUACCUCAGUAGCAUGGUGGCAUUGGGGAAAAAGACUUGUACCUUUUUUGUUUUGUUUUAAAUUGACGUUUACAUGUUCUUAUCUGACUGACAUAGAUUAUUUUGGAAAUGGAUUAUUUUCUAUACUGUCUUAGAAAUAAAAAAAAACUUCUCAAGCAA